AUGGCGAGUGCGAAGAUUAUAAGUUUCGAGACUCAUGAUGUGCGCUUUCCAACCUCUCUUACGGGAGAUGGGACUGAUGCUAUGAACACCGACUGCGACUACUCCUCUGCCUAUGUCACACUCUAUACUUCCUCAUCCCUCGUGGGCCACGGUAUGACAUUCACCAUCGGCCGUGGAAACGAGAUCGUGUGUCAAGCAAUCAAAGCGGUUGCCUCGAGGCUUGUUGGAUGUGAUACGGAAGAAUUGUUCGCUGACAUGGGUGCUGCAUGGGAGCACUUGUUGGCCGACUCCCAGCUGAGAUGGAUUGGUCCUGAGAAGGGUGUCAUCCACAUUGCCACCGGAGCUGUCAACAAUGCGCUCUGGGACAUGUAUGCGCGUGCGCGAGGAAAGCCGCUCUGGAAACUCGUCGUGGACAUGUCACCCGAAGAACUUGUCAGUGCAACUGCUUUCCGCUACAUUAGCGACGCGCUCACACGCGAAGAAGCACUGGCGAUGCUCAAAGCCAAGGAGGCAGAGAAGAAGGAGAGGGAGGCUAAAGUUAAAGAGAUUGGAUAUCCCGCCUAUAUUACUUCUGCUGGUUGGCUUGGCUAUGAUGACGAAAAAGUGGCCCGCCUUACCAAAGAUGCCGUGGCCGCAGGGUUCAGUCACUUCAAGAUGAAAGUUGGCUCUGACCUCGCCGCCGACCUCCGCAGGGGCAAAAUUAUCCGUUCCAUCAUUGAUGACCCACAAUACCUCCCUCGCACUGCCUCUGGCCAGUCAGGGCACGUUACUGAAGGACGAAAUGCUGGGCCGACGGGUGCAGUGCUCAUGGUCGAUGCGAACCAAGUGUGGGAUGUGCCGCAGGCUAUUGAGUAUGUGAAAGGUCUGAAAGAUAUCAAACCUUGGUUCAUCGAGGAACCGACAGCGCCAGACGACAUUCUCGGACAUGCUGCCAUUCGGACUGCACUCAAACCAUACGGGAUUGGUGUCGCAACCGGUGAACAUGCGCAUAACCGCAUGAUCUUCAAGCAGCUUCUCCAAGCACAGGCCAUUGACGUCUGCCAGAUUGAUGCGUGCCGCCUCGCAGGAGUGAGCGAGGUUCUGAGUGUCCUCUUGAUGGCUGCAAAGUUUGGUGUACCUGUGUGCCCUCACGCAGGCGGUGUCGGUCUGUGCGAGUAUACGAUCCACCUCAGCCUCAUCGACUACAUCGCGAUCUCAGGCUCGAUGGAACGAAAUGUGCUAGAGUUUGCCACUCACUUACACGAGCAUUUCCUCUACCCCUGCUCGAUCACCGCUCAGGGGAGAUACAACGUCCCUAUGAAUCCAGCUGAAGGUUACAGCAUCGAGAUGCACAGAUCAAGCAUUUCCGAAUACGAAUACCCCGAUGGAUCGUACUGGGUUAAAUCCAGAGGUAUGAAGUGAGUGACUUGGAGUACGAAAUACCUGAAAUGGCGCGCCGAAGAAAGACGAUUGAAAAUAUGGUUCGGGGGUUGUAUGCGCAUUAUCAUUACCACUUGUCAUUGUAUGUAUUUAUAUUCAUUGCCC